AUGUCAUCCACGCUGAAGAGCCUCGCCAGCCAGGGCGGCGGCGGUGGCGGCAUGUACGUCAAGACGCCGGAUCUUGGCGGAAUCUCGGGCAAGGAGCUCCCGAGCAGCUGCUACGGCGGUGGCUUCAUGUCGCCCCCGCUUAGUGCAAAGAUUGGAACCGGCGACGCAGAUCGGGAUAUCUUUCGUGUCCCAGCCAAGGUGGAAUCCGGAGGACACAAUAACUUCACCACCGGAGAGCUUCAGUUCCCGGAUUUCUCGCAUCUCUGUUUCGACGCCGAGACACCCAACUCGGUGUUUAGUGACUGUCACGCUUACUUGGGUCAGGAUCAGCAGCAGGACUCGGACCAGGAUCACGAUCAGGACGACAUAGUCUGCGCCGCUGCGGGAAACACGAGCAUGCCAUACCAGCAGGGUCAGUACACGCAGCUUAACCGCGAGGAUAUCUUCCGCUUCGAGCCGGAGGAUAUAGCUCGGCUCACGGGAGAAUCCGACCUGCCGAGUCUGCUGCAGCAACCACAGACUCCGUACACACCGUACACCCCGUACACUCCGUACACACCCUGCAGCGCCCAGAACAGCCAGCCGACGGCAAGCGACUCCGUCAAUCUGGAUAUUGAUUACUUUAAUUAUGACGAGAUUAAUUGCCAAUCGAAAAACCAAUCUCCGUGCUCAUCACCGCCGCUGGAUGCCUGGCUGAACUUCAAUCUCGGCGAGAUAUCGGCGGCCACGUCGAGUGCCUCGCCCAAGUUGGGCAACGUGUUUGAGGAGUACGUCAAGGAGGAGCAGGAGCCCUCGCCCACCAAGCUGCCUUCGAUGAAUUCCACGUUCGGUACCCCCAAAUGCAUUCCCAUGUGUGCCAGUAACUACGAGGACUACUCCAAUCUGUACCAAGAAGCGGCCUACGCAGCCGAGAACUAUCAGCAUAAUCUGGCGCAAUCUGUGGAAAAGCCCAAUCGGGAGCACAAGGUAAUUUGGACCAUUGAUGAGCUGGAUGAACUGGUGUUGGGCGAACAGCAGCAAUUCCAUCAACAUCAACUACAGCAGCAACAGCAGCAACAGCAGCAACAACAGCAUCAACAGCAGCAGCAACAACACCAGCAACAUGAGCUGCACCAACAACAGCAGCAGCAACAUCAGCAUUUGCAAUGCCAAAAGAACAUAAACCAGGAUCUGACUAAUUACAUGGCGGAUGAUUUAAUCAAGGAGGAAGAUUAUCGCAACUUGGACAGCGAAGAUGAGGAAAACUAUCCGGAAGAGGACGAUGAUUUGGAUAAUGAGGUGUUUGCUCUUCCGGCGAAAAGUGAUCCCAAGCCGGAUUCAGUUUGUUGCGAUCCCGAGGCGGAAACGGAGGCUGAGCCUGUUCCGCUGAUCUGCCGCUGGACGGGAUGUGACGAGGAGUUCCCGCAUCAGCAGGCCUUUGUGGAGCACAUCGAGAAGUGCCACGUGGAUGUGAGGAAGGGCGAGGACUUUUCCUGCUUCUGGCUGGACUGUCCCAGGCGCUACAAGCCCUUCAAUGCCCGCUACAAGCUGCUAAUUCACAUGCGAGUCCACAGCGGUGAGAAGCCCAAUAAAUGUCCGUUUCCCGGCUGCAAUAAAGCAUUUUCGCGUUUGGAAAAUUUGAAAAUUCAUCAGCGCUCGCACACGGGAGAGCGGCCUUAUGGCUGUCAGUAUAAAGGCUGCCUCAAAGCGUUCAGCAAUAGUUCGGAUCGGGCGAAACAUCAAAGGACGCACUACGACACGAAACCGUAUGCCUGCCAGCUGCCCGGCUGCACCAAGCGCUACACGGAUCCCUCCAGCCUACGCAAACAUGUCAAGAACCACGCGCUGCGCAACGCCAACGGACAGCUGCGACGCAAGUCAGCCGGAGGAGCCACGGUUGCCACCGCAGGCGCCAGCGGAAGGAGGACGGCCAAAACCCGUCGCCACUCGGAAUCGGCCCUGGCACAGGUGCAGGUGCAGGUACAGGUGCAGCAGUCAGGACCUCAAGCUCCAGGGGUGGCCGGUGCAAUGGGGGAACAGCGGCAGCAGCGCAGCAAUAGCUGUAGUGAGGCUUUGCUGCAGACAGACCGCAAUGGCUGCGCCACUGGUGUGCCAGCUAAUAACAAUUCAAUGAACUUUAAUGAGUUGUCAAAUUGCAUUGUCAUCAUUGAGCACAAUCGGAAUGGGGCAACAACAACAACAACAACAUCAACGGCAACCGCAGCGACAGCGACAGAGACAGCAACAGCAGGAGCAUAUGGCAUCUACGACGGCAGCAACAACAUGGCGUCCGUACCGGAAACGGAUGCGCUGAGCGUUUGCAGCAGCGGCAGCCACAACAAUUACAAUGGCUACGACGGCCAUGGAAAUAUUAAUCAAUUAAGCGAGCUCGAACAAUUGCUGACGACGCCAAAUGGCGUCUGCAAGCAGAUUCCGGCUGCUAAUGGGAUUAGCUCCAUUGCCGCCACCACCGCCGGCAACUGCAACUCCAGCAACAGCAACAGCAAUGGCAAUGGCAAUGGCAACAGCAACAGCAAAUGCCAAUUGAGCGAGUUUGUGUCGUUCGAGUACGUGACGAAAUAUCUCGCGGAUGUGUACGAGCCGCCAUCCGGCGCACAGCGACCCAAGAGUCCCAGUCCUGCGGCUAAUUUCCAUUUGCAACCCGAGUUCGAUAACAACUUCGACAUGCUGGACUUCCAGCAGUUCAUAUGA